AUGAUAUCGUUGUUAUUCGUAAUAACAUUUUGUGCGGUGAACUUGUCAAAAAACACAUGUUAUGCUGAAAAUCAAACAUCACAUUCUCUCAGAUUGCAGAAAAAAAGAGAAGUUAGUUUGGAUACUUUGGAUCUCAUACCUUCAACAUUGUUAAUAGGAAUAUCAGCUUAUAACUUCAUAGAAUCAAUUGGGUCAAAAGUAAGCGACAACUCGUUCCAAUGCAUUUCCAAUGCAAGAUUUCAAUCUACGUCAUCGCAAUCUACAGUUAAGAUGUGCACCAGAUCAUAUUCUACCGAAUGGCAUAAAACCAACCUUGAUAUCCCAAGAUACAAAAGUGGUUUUCUGUACAAAGAUGAUAGUUUGCAAAUCAAUAGCAACCCUAUGAAGUGGGCGUGGUUUGAAUAUUAUGGCAGUGUCUGUAUUAAUUUUUUGGCUUUUAGCUGUGGUCCAUCUACAGUGGAAGGUGUUCAUUCAAGAGCAACUAAUUUUAUAGUUGGGUCAGAUGUUCUUGAGAAAUGGUACACUUGGAACAAAGAUAAAAAACUUAACGGCGUACGUAGAUGUGGUGACGGAAAUAAAGGUAUUCGUCUGGACGAUGAUGUAGAAGUUUCUUUUACAGUAAAACGCGAGGCAUUUUCUUGUGGUGACAAUGACCAAGGUUGUAUUGCCAAUCAUGUUUUCUUUGAUAAUGGCUUUAUAAAUUGCUACAAUUCAUAAACAUUUUUUGA